CAACCCUUUCAAUAUUUUGCUCAUCAUUCUUUGUAUAUAUAUAAAGCCAUGGCAUAUGUGACAUCCCUAACCCUCAAGAAUACUUCAUCGAUCACCCUCUCUCUCUCUCUCUCUCUCUCUUUUUCUUUGGAACUGAGAAAAUGGCCGCCAAACGGUUCUUUAAUGAUGCAGAAUCCGACCAAGAUCAGCCAAACGAAAAACGGAAGAGACCUAGACCUUCUUUUGCUUCUGUGAUUGGAGAAGUGGUUCUGGUGAACUCCAUGCAAAGCCUUUUCUCAUCCUUGGAGCCUUUGCUUAGAAGGGUGGUGAGUGAAGAGGUUGACCACUGUCUAAGACGGUGCUCACUCCGCCCAAUGACAAGGUCUCCUUCAAUGAGAAUCCAAGCUUUAGAGCCAUCCAGCGUACAACUAGUGUUUGCUAAGAAGCUCUCCCUCCCAAUCUUCACCGCAAGCAAGAUAUCAGAUGAAGACAACAACCCAAUUCAAAUCCAGAUCGUGGACAAGACCAAUAACAGUAAUGGUGCCCAAAUAAUAGCUAGCGAUCUACCCAACCCAAUCAAAGUGGAGAUUGUUGUUCUUGACGGGGACUUCCCGACCGGAGGCCGUGACGAUUGGACGACUGAAGAGUUUGAGAGCAACAUAUUGAGGGAGAGAACUGGGAAGCGGCCAUUGCUCACUGGGGACGUAAAUGUGACUGUGAGAGAUGGGCUUACUGCAAUUGGGGAGAUUGAGUUCACAGAUAAUUCCAGCUGGAUUAGGAGCAGAAAGUUUAGGCUUGGUGCAAGAGUGGCUCCAGGCACAAGCGCCUAUCAGGGCUCAAGGAUCCGUGAGGCCAUCACCGAUGCUUUCGUUGUUAAAGAUCAUCGUGGAGAAUUGUACAAGAAGCAUCAUCCCCCAACGUUGGAAGAUGAAGUUUGGCGCCUGGAGAAGAUUGGUAAAGAGGGAGCUUUUCACAAGAAGCUAGCCUCGGAGAACAUUCACACAGUACAAGACUUCUUGAAGUUGUUUGUGGUUGACCGGUCAAAGCUAAGAAAGAUUUUAGGCGUUGGAAUGUCAGAGAAAAUGUGGGAGGUAACAGUAAAGCAUGCCAGAACCUGUGUUCUGGGCAACAAAAUGUUUAUUUAUCGUAGUGCUCAUUUUGCGCUUUUCUUGAACCCGAUAUGUCAAGUGUUGAAGGCUAUAGUUAAUGGGCAAGUUUUCCCUACUCGGGACCUAAGCAACAUCAAUAGGACAUAUAUUGAGAAUUUGGUGAGGGAAGCCUACGCAAACUGGAAUUCCUUGGAAAUGGUCGACGCAGUCUUGAAUGAGACUGCCUUAUUGACACAAGUGGAGCAAUAUCCCAACCAUCAUGCUGGGGCAAUGUCAAGAUCAGCAUUCGAUCAAAAUGGACACCUGGGCCUAGCAGCAGCGGAUCAUCAGUGAAUGUGGGUUACCUAUCACCCUAAAUCUGUGAAUGUGAUUUACCUACUACAAAGCAACAGUGCAAACUCCAACUUUGAAUGCGGUACUGGUAGUGAUAACCGGAACAUAAAUUCACCAUAUAUAUAUUAAACCCAUUUGUGGAAAAGUAGCAUCAUCAAGUGUGGCAUCUCCGACUCAUCUUCAGAUGGCUUUUUGAAGUAUUGAAUCGGCAGCUGAUUUGGACUGAUUAGAACGAAAUUUGAAGUAUUAGAUUGGGCUAACAAGGACUGGAUAGGCUUAGAGUCCAGUCCUAUUCAUUUUUGCACCAAACAACAUACUGGAAUUCACUUCUUUUUUCUAAUAAAUCAGAAUUUUAUUUUAUUUUUUGAUUAA